UGACUCAUGCUUGACAUGAAGCAAUAUGAAUGAAACUGAUGGGAGAUGAACUUGUCAUUCAAUUUCGUUGAAAUGUUCAAUUUAUGAUAAGUUAUCCUGAACUGCAUCGUGAGAGUGAUUUUCAAUAGCACCUGUCUCAGGGAGCCUCUUGUAAUAGAUUAAAAAAUACAUGAUUUAUCAGUUUACUUGAAAGCGAAGCUGGAACCAUCUUCUGAAACUAAACAGAAGAUUUUGAGCUCCUUGAAUCUCACUAAAUUUAUUUACGCAGUUGUUUGUCUAAGAACAGAAAAACAUCUUUUGAAGUCUAAUGAGAGAAGCGAUUUCGAGCUCUUUAAUCUCAACAUUCGAUGCGAUUAGAAAUAUUUUGGACUUAAUGUGAGAUGGAGCAAUUGAAAUGUGGAGUGCAGAAUUACCAUUGGGGUAAGGUGGGGGAAACUAGUUUGGUGGCCAAGUUAGCCCUCAAAGGGGGUCACAUUGACAGCAUAGACUCACAUGCACCCUAUGCAGAGCUGUGGAUGGGGGGACAUCCGAACAAACCUUCACAAAUUUUGGGAAGUGGCACCAGCAUCAUUGAUUUCAUGGAUGAAAACAAGAAACAGUUUGGAGGCGAGAGUAACCUCAAAUAUCUGUUCAAAGUUCUCUCUAUCAGCCAACCUCUGUCCAUCCAAAUUCACCCGGACAAAGCAUGGGCCAAAGUUCUUCACAAAGCCAAACCAGAGAUCUAUAAAGACGAUAAUCACAAGCCAGAAAUAGCAAUUGCCUUGACUCCUUUCAAAGCUCUUUGUGGGUUCAGAAGUCUGAAAGAUAUCAAUGAAAAUCUAAGUGCAAUUAGUCUUGCCAACCCGAACGCUCAGGAAUAUCUAGGCUUGUUGGUACUGAAAAGCGAGAUGGAUUUAAAAGCAGUGUUUAUAAAACUUAUGGAACUUGAGGCGGAAAAGGUCAAAGCCUUAGUCAGUAGUUUGCUAGCGGCAGAAAAUUUUCCUUAUAAGGAAAUUUUAACACAAUUACACGAGUUCUUCCCUUACGACCGUGGAUGUCUUUGCUUGUAUUUUCUGAACUAUAUCGAAAUGAAACCGGGAGAAGCAAUUUUUCUCGAAGCCUUGACACCUCAUGCCUAUAUAGAAGGAGACUGCAUAGAAUGUAUGGCCCUUUCUGAUAAUGUUGUGCGCGCUGGUUUGACACCGAAACUUAUCGACGUGAAAACUUUGCAAGAAAUCACAAACUACAAGUUUUCAACUGAGGUCGAUUACCGAGUUGUUCCGAAGUGCGUGACUGAGUUCAAUAAAGUUUAUCUGCCGCCCUCUAUUGACGAGUUUUCAGUCCAGUGUUUGAAACUCACGAGAAGUCACUCGGAAGCGUUAGCUCACGACAAGUAUACUCGGAUUCUACUGGUCGUCGAAGGGGAUAUUGAGAUUAAACAUUUGGAUAACCAAAAAGAGUUAUCCUGUGGCGCGGUUGUGCUUUUGUACCCACAAAACGAUUACACAAUUGCAUCGAAUGAUCAGAAUUCACUGGUGUUUAUUGCAUACUAAUUUCAACAAAAAUUCUAAGCAAUAUGAUUUCUUAUCCUAAUUUGUAGUUUGUAUUUUCAUGAAUAAAUUUUGGUUUAGGAGUAAAAAAAUUACUCAGAGAGCGAUAGCUACUCUUUUUGUU